CUCACCUUACUUCCGUCGGAACUGGCUCUGAUUUUGCUCCAAAGUUUCCAUACUCGCUUCCAAGAUAAUAGUACACUCGUACUUGCUUGAAUAAAAUGGAGAAACUUGAUUGGAAAAUGGAAUUAAAUGAACCAGCUUGCUUUGGUCAUUAUUUGCAUCAGGGCGCAAACGAGCUUGCUUAAGCAAACUGCUCUCGUAGAGGGGAAAAAGAAGCCCGCCGUCGAUACUCCUCGCUCAGUCAGUCCUCCAUCGUCACCUCUCGCCUACUUCGAAGAUAGCAAUAACCAUGAGACGUCUAGAGGGAAUGAUGGUGCCUUGCCUUUCCCCCUUGACUUGAUUACCCGAUGGCAGAUCAUCCAUUCCACCUCCUGUCUGCUUCUCGCUGGCGAUAACAAUAACAGGGAGAUUCCCCUGCCGACAGUAAUAACACGGAGACGAGCUAGCUUGCUUGAAGGAACGAUAUGCUCUGCGAUUGACGAUAGCAAUAACACGGACACUAGCUUGCUUAAGCAAGCAGCUCUCGCAGUAGGGGGAGUAAUAUGCUCUGUCUCCCUUUGGACGGUGGCGCCGCUUUGCUUUGAUUUCCCGAGUCUGGAGAGCAAGUUACUUUCGGUGGAGAAGUAAAAGGCUGCGAGGGUUUUGCUAUUGGGGGUGAGGCCGAGUGGGGUAGAGGGUCUAGGGUUUAAUUAGUUAGAGGAUGUUUUGGGAAUCUCAUAGCUAAGUGUGAGUUUAAUCCGAAACUCAAUUAAUGUCCAUAACUUCCUCAAUUUAUGCCCAAAUUUGACGCCGCUUAAACCAACAUUUAACAUUUUUAGUCCUCACUGAUAUUACGGUGGUACUUGACCCAAGGGUAUAAUAGUCAUUUUGAUUUUUGGGAAGAUCGGGGUGUAACAUUUCCUCCACCCUUAUAAAAAUUUCAUCCCUGAAAUUUGAUCGGGCUCAUCCUUCCAUACUCCUCAUUCCCGUGCUUCUUUGUCUCAAGAUUUCACUCUUGCUAUAUGAACUUCAAUGGCGUGCCCUUAUUGUCUUGAAUAGCUUACUAUAGUUCUUAUAUGUACUCUUGACCAUAACAGGUAUUCUCAUCUAGCUCGGUAGCAUCGAAUAGGUUGAGUGACUCAUUGCCCCUUUCAAAAAUUUCCAACUUGGGUCCAGGAUAAGAUGGGACAAAAUUCCGUUUCAAUUUAUUGGUCCAACUGAUUCAGUACUUGAUGUUGAACCUAAAUUGAAGUCGAGGUAUCACAUUUCCUCCCCGCUUACAGAAAUUUCGCCCUCGAAAUUUUUCUGUUGUGAUUACCCUAAGCAUCGCUUGUGGUCAUUCUUUUCACUUCGAGAAUUUGUAUUUCCUUUAAUUUAUACGGCAUGACCUAAAAAUCCUUCUCUCCACUUCCUGCAACUUCAAUGUUGUUGUGGCUUCUUAACACCUCACAUCACCUAUGUUGCACCUUGGACAUAUGUCGGAACGAUAACAAUCCAUUAUUCGGUACAUGAAAAGUUAAUGCCCCCCUCCAACCACAAGAUCAGUGAUGGCGGCUUAUCUUCCAUGUAGUCAGAUGAUAAAACUCUUUUAACGUAACUCUCGUCUAGGGUUGACCUCAUAGGUCACCUAUGUCCUUGUAUCUACUAACUUUGCAUCCCUUACUUUCUUCCUUGAUGCCUCAUCUUAUCCUUUAACCAUAAACUGAGUGGUCAUCUCCUCGUUACUUCUUGCUUAACUCUGAAAUCUCAUACUACUAUUUUUACUUCCUGUAUGCAUUAAAUGCAUCCUUUGCGUCUUUCUCUAGCUUGCUAACAACAAUAUGACUCCCUUCAAGAGUCAUGAACUUCCCUUUGGCUUACCUGUUCACUCCUGGCACGUAACUUAGCACGUCCUUAUCGCCACAUGAAUUUGAAGUUCUCGUACUAUCCAUUCCGCUACUCUUAUACCCUAGCUGAAAUUCCUCAUACGAUUUCCCCAUCCAAUAGAGUUUUACCCGAGAGAUUGACAACUUUCACCAACAUAGGCAAUCUUGGUUUCACUUUGGGGUAUUCUAGCAGGUUCCCUAAACUUAUAUCCCUCUUACUUCGUUAAUCGUGACUCUUCUUCUUGAUAUUACUCACAAGUUCUAGACGAUGUCCUUUAUUCUCGAUGUAGUCAUCUAGGUUCUCAUAUUCUCUUCUUAAUAAUUUACCUUGAGUCCU